CUUAACCCAUGAUUUCUUAAGCAUUUCGCAGGGUGUAUACUGUCCCCGACCAGUUGCUCACAUUCAAUCUUCAAUUCUCAGGGCGGUACAUCAAGUUGACAGUCUUGGAAAACCACGGAGACAGCGACAGUGGCCUCUACCAGGCAGAAUUCAACGGCGGAGUGCAGGCCAGCCAGAUUGGGAACUCAGAGUAAUUUCUGCAGGUGUUUCACGUUACCGCGCGCCAUACAUGAUGUAAUUGGCGUCCAGGGCCCAGGCCCAAUAGCAGCACACUUGUCCCACAUCAGGAAGAAGCAGCUGUUUUGCACCUCCACUCUCCCCCAGGACUUCCAGUACCGAACCUGUCUACUUCAUUGCUGACUCACUCGAGUCGGCCUAUGAUGGCAAAAGACGGGGUCUGCAAGGCCGAAGGUUCUGCCGGGGGAUCACCUGAGAUGAGAGAAUUGAAGACAGAAGCGAACAAGGACAACAUGACGAACAACGAGAAUAUCGACAAGAUCUACGGCAUGCUCGGAGCUGACCAAAGAUGCCGCCCAGGCGAAAUACGUGGCACACAGCGCACACGCUAACGCAGACAAGCAUGUGGAAACUGUCACGAAGGGUGAAGCAAACGGUCAAGCAGGUUGAAGCCUCGAACGAGAUCCAGAAGAACGACAUCAAAGAAACCCAGGACACAAUCAACAUGAAUUCAUGCAACAACCGUGAUCGCACCAACACCGAUGACAGGAACAAGCAGGUGGUUGCUUCGGGCUUCAAGGACCCAUUUGGUUCCGACGAAACGGUGGGGUAAGUGAAGGGCAUCUUAUCCAAGAUCUUGGAUGACAUCGCCGACCUCAACGUGGAGACGCGUAGGAGCCCUACGAACAUGACGCUGGUUACAUUCCCGACAACAUCAGCUAAAGUGGAAUUAUUCCAGAAGUUUCGGGGGAUGAGCGACGACAAGUGGUUGGAUGGUUAGUUUUUGAAGAGCAACCAAACCACGGAAAAGCAGGUUGCAGACAAACGGUUUUGCUACACGAAAAACAGUUGUGCUGGGAGUGGGAGCGCGAUGAGGACGCCGUGCAGAUCUUAUGGGGCAAACGGAUGGUGACUGUGAGCGGGAAGAAGGUGGCGUGGAACGGUGCACAUGGCCAUGGGGAAACGACAGCAGUGGGCAAGUCUGUGGAGGAGAAGGUGGGCGAACCUUUUUUUCCGUGACAAUCAAUCCGGACCCAGGCCGCGACGCGAGCAGUGAUCUGUAGAGCUGCGAGUUUUCUGAUCAAAGCGGUGGCGCCGACGCUCGCAACGCAAUCCACAGAUGAACGCCGUUUUGUUCUCCAGGCUCCUCCCAGCCUCUCGCGUCGACAGGCAGCGGAGCGCAGGUGCCUCAGCCAGGGCGGCCGCAUCUGGACCAACGUCUAUUUCGAGCUGAACAUGUUUCACCCCCGACAGUGGCCCUUUUUCAACCUCCCACCUCCGCUGCAGGCGUCUCCGGCUCCGACCCAUGCGACUCUGGCGUCCCAGGCUCCGACUUCUACGUCGCCAGCUUUCAACUUCCAGAUUCCAACCUCUACGAUUCGCCGCAAGUUCCGCAUGAAGGUCGACGGUCCUACCCCAGCUUCCGCCUCGCCAUCCCUGGCUUCCAGAUCGUGGAUUCCGACUGCCGCCCAACGGAUGCGGGUAGCGAGAGCCAUCGCGCUGUCCGACCUCACGUCCAGCUCGACCGAGGAGCGGGGGGAGGGCGACGAGCCUGCCGUGCUGUGUCUGGUGACGUUCCGUCAUGCAUCCUGCGACGCCGGUGCGGAGCGCGGCGCGUUGCAGCGCGAGUUGACGCGGGCGCAUCGCCGCAGUUUGUGGACGAAUUCGUGACGCACGGCAUCUCCCUUGCGACUCCGGCUUCUCUCUCGCGCCUCCCACCUCCAGCCCUCGACCUCGCCCGCGACCUCCAACUUUCCAUCUCGAGCCCUCGACCUCCGCGUGCCGACCUCCAGCGUCAGCCAUGUGACCUUUUCCGUCCAACUUCCGACCCCUAGUGCCCGCC